AUGAAGCAGCUCCACAAGUCUUCCCCCACCCACGCGCCAUCGUCGGCGCACGCGCCAGCUCCCAAGGCCGCCAAGCCGGCGCGCCCCGGCCCGCGCUCCUGGAUCGGGUACGUCCUCCGCGAGCAGCGCCUUCUCUUCGUCCUCCUCGGCGUGCUCAUCGCCUCCACCUUCUUCCUCCUCCGGACCUACCUCUCGCUCUCCCCGUCCUCCUACCUCCCCGACGCCCGCCCGCUCUUCUCCUUCGCCGCCCGCUCCGGCAUCCCCGCCGGCUUCCGCCCGCCGCCGCGCCGCGUCGUCGUCACCGGCGGGGCAGGGUUCGUCGGCAGCCACCUCGUCGACCGGCUCCUGGAGCAGGGGGACAGCGUGAUCGUGGUCGACAACUUCUUCACCGGCAGGAAGGAGAACGUUGCGCACCACCUCCGGAACCCCAGGUUCGAGCUGCUCCGCCACAAUGUGGUCGAGCCAAUCCUCCUUGAGGUCGACCGGAGCAGGGCGCGACGGAGCUAUGAGCGGCGUGCAGCCUCGCGAGGUCGAGGAGCAGGAGCAUGUGGCCCUGCGCCGGACGCUGUCAGCAUGGUUCAUUUUUCUCUGACACGGCUUCAACUUCUCUUUUGCAAACAGGAACUUCGUGCUGCAUUUCCUAUUACACUGCCGGCAACUCCUCGCGCAUCUUCGUGA